UAGGCUUUUGUUGUUGGUUUGUUUUUGUUGGUUUUCCAUUCGUUUCGUUUUCAAUGUUCUUUCGUUUCAUUCUCCUCUUCUUUUCGACGCAGCACUUUUAUCUCAACAAAAUGAGCUCUGGAUUAUUGUUUUCAGAGGUUAUUGUUGCGUUGUCGAAACCUCUUGCCUCUGACGAUGGUGCAAGUCAAGCCAGGGAUGCCGCUGCUCGGUUUGGUGAGCGUCGCGACACUGCUGCUGCUACUGCUCGGCGCGCCGUCGGAGGUCGCUGCAGACUCGGCGUGCCGCUUUGCUGGGCAGUACACCACCAGCCAGAUCUACUCGGACGCGUCUCUCCGCGCGCAGUUUGUCUCGCAGUGGCUCAGCCAGGAGGCCAACUUUGUGCGCCACGCCGGAGUCGACCCGCUCACUGGGCUCACCCUCGACGGCCAGCGACUCGACGUCAAGACAGGCCUCCCGCUCGGACUCCCGCACCAGUUCACAGCCGCGAGCAAGGAGAGCCUCCAUCUGGCCAUCCUGGCGCGCGUGCUCUGGGGUGACGGGCGAGCCAGCGUCUUUUACUCGGUCGACGAGGCACUCCAAGUGCUCGACACCAAGAUGACCUCGCUCGAGAAAUUCGCUGCAAAGUACCCGGGCUUUGCCGGGUUUCUCCCGUGGGUGUACGUCGUCGAUGGCGAGCUGACCCCGACCGACGAUUUCGUCAACAAAGUCCCCGCGCUGGACAAUGGCGAAAUGUUCUGGGGCGCAUUUGCCGUCGCUGAAGUGCUUCGCGAUCGCUAUCCCGCGCAACAGCCGCUGCAGGCGCGCUGGGAAAACUUUUGGCAAACCAUGGCAAACAACUCGGCCAGGGUCUUUUACAACGGCAACGGUCUUGUCCGUGCAGUCACCGUCCUGACCAACCAGAGCCUCCCGCCGUCCAUGAACACGUACUCCCUCCCGCCCGGCCCGUGUGUCAACUGCUUUCUGACAGACCCCUAUGAAGGCGAGCUGUUUGUGAUCAUGAUGUACGUGUUUGGCGGUCUGACCAAUAUUGACGGCACGUUGCUCUGGGCAAACAAGGCCCCCAUGAUUCAGCCCGUGGACUUGCAAAUCCCGCAGUCGAAUGCCACGUUCACCGUCCAGCGAGGCUGGUGGUUUUCGUCCCACGAAACCUGGAAGUACAUGAUGCUGCCUUACGUCCUCUCGCCCACGAACUACCGAGUCUUCCUCAAUGGCGAGCGUGCACGCACCCACUUUUCUGCCAAUUCGAACCCCGCCAUCAGCGGACUCUUUGCGUCGGUGAGCGGCUGGGCUGCGACCAACGACCAAGACACUGGCUACUUUUCCGACUGCGGCAUUCAGCAGAUUGCCUUCAACAAUGUGACCCACGACAUGCUCGUCACCCCAUACGGCGCCUUCCCAGUCAUUCUCGCGAGCCAGCCGGAGGGAUUUGCAUGGCUCCACAACAUGAUUUCCGCGCAGCGCGGUCAGAACUGCUUUGGCACAACCGAGUCCAUGCUGUUGAACGGAUCGUACGUUUCGCCGUUGGUGACGUGGGAUUCAAAGAUUACCACUGUGGUUGCGGCCCUUGGUGGCAUUUCCGACAUUACCGAGUGGUAUCUCGGGGCACGGGGCAAGCUCAGUGAUUGGACCUUCCAAGUGGAGGUCCUGUGGAGCCAAGCUUUUACUCUGCCGCUCAAGGGCGAAGACCUCCCGUACGCGCUUCCUCAAUCGACAAUUCCCGUGUUGGCAGACGACUUUACGAGCUGCAGUGCCAGCUCUUCGCCCUGUGUUUUCAAAGUCUGAACAAGCAUGAGUAGAACUUUUGAUUACACGUCCAUGAAGUGUGUGGAUUGUUUUGUUUGCAAUGUCAUGUGUGGUCUGUGCAUCAGUUUUGUAUUUGUGUCGACUUGAUGUGAACUGCAGAGCGCAAUAGUGCCACGACAACAACCAGUUCCCAUCGCAGAA